CAAAGCGCACCCGGAAAUUACGAUAAUAUCGUAGUCGCGUAAUGUUUCGUAAACAGCUUGAACUUCAAGUCAACUAAAGUCAAAGUUGUGACUUAUACAUUUUGCCAUGGCCCUAGAGGCAGUUGUUGCUGUGGCCAUAUCAGUGCUGGCAGCCAUCUUUCUGGCCAGUUUGGUCAUACUGGUCGUCCUCUGUCGUCACAAGUACUGCAAGCAGAUGGACCUUCUAUCGGCACAGAUGCAAGACACGAGACCGGACGUGCAGCUGAUUGACGCUAGCCUCGGCACGGACAACCACGCCGCGUUCGAACUCGACGAGGUCAAGCUGACUCAUCCGAACAUCGAGGAGAUCCUCAACGACGAGAAGUGGAUCGAUGACGUCACUGGCUUCGUCCCGCACUGCCUCUCCAUCCUGAAGAUCUGCCACCACCUCACCGAGAACCUCGUCGCCAUGACGAUGGGCAAGUCGGCGCAGAUCCACAACAACAAGCACAUGGCGGAGAUCGUUGCGGCGGCGCGUCGCAUCGUGCCGCGCGUCGACGACAUGGUGCGGUCCAUGUACCCACCGAUGGAUGUGAGACUGCUGGAUGCAAGGGCGACGGCGCUCAUCCUCUGCGUGAACCACCUGGUGGUGGUGACGAAGCACGCAUGCCACGCCCCGUCCGUCCUCGGCUGGAUCGACGACUCUCUCGCAGAGAUGGACAGCCACCACAAGAUCCUGCACGACGCGGCGAUGGUGGCCGAGGCAAACAUGAAGAAGUCUCUCGAUCAGCAGCAGCUGCUCAACAACUGCCACGAGGCAUCGCAGCUGUAGCCGCGAGGAGGUCGCGUAGAGGUCGCUGGUUCAAGGUCGUGCAUGGGUCGCUCGUUGAAGGUCGCGCGCUUGGUUGCCCUUUGUUCAAGAUCGUGAAAGAGUUACUGGGGGGGGGGCAUCCUUCCCUCGAGGUCAUGAGAGAGUUGGGGGGUAGGGAGCUGCCCUUGUUGUUGAGCUGCCCUCAAGGUCAUGAGAUAGUUGUGGGGGCUGCCCUUCUCUCAAGGUCGGGAGUGUUUUGGGGUGGGGGCUGCCCUUUCCUUUCUCAAGGUCAUGAGAUUGUAGCAGGGCUGCCCUUUUGACUGGGAUGACCUUCACUCCCAAGGUCGCCCUCGCGCGAACUCGAUCUGUCGGCAGCCGAAUCUCGUGGUUAUGAUCGUAAGUCUGUCGUGUAAGUCUGAGCUGUCACUUACGCUGUGUCUGUCGUGUAAGUCUGAGCUGUCACUUACGCUGUAUCUGUCGUGUAAGUCUGAGCUGUCACUUACGCUGUGUCUGUCGUGUAAGUCUGAGCUGUCACUCACGCUGUGUCUGUCGUGUAAGUCUGAGCUGUCACUCACGCUGUCUGUCGUGUAAGUCUGAGCUGUCACUUACGCUGUCUGUCGUGUAAGUCUGAACUAUCACUUACGCUGUGUCUGUCGUGUAAGUCUGAGCUGUCACUUACGCU